AUGAGUAAAUGGCAGAAGAGGCACAUAGUGCUUGCGGUGCUGGUGCUGGUGGUAUUCUUACGUGUUCACGGUAAUUUGCGAGGCUUGAGCGGGCAAUUCAGAGCUAAGUACCCAAAGAAUUAUCUGGUGUCUAACGGUGAUACUUCCGGUUUGAACUUGAAGCAGCUCAAGUUCAAUUCCAAUGAUCUACGGUCUGAUUUGAGCAAAGCUUUCCCUUAUGAUCCUUCAAAGCCUAUACCAAGACGUGUGUGGCAGACUUGGAAAGUACCAAUAGACUCACCAGAAUUCCCUGGUGAUCUGAAACCGUACGUUUCCAGGUGGGAAUCCAACAGCUAUGAAGUUGAUGAGGAUGAGAUAUAUUCACAAGAGAAUGAGCAGAACUACUAUUUACUCCCAGAUGACCAAAUUGAGUCAAUCUUGGAGAGUUUCUACGGUGAAGUGCCGAUAAUAGUGCAGGCUUAUAAGCUGAUGCCCAGUAAUAUAUUGAAGGCUGACUUCCUACGGUAUCUGCUGUUAUAUGCCAGAGGUGGUAUAUAUAGUGACAUUGAUACGUUCCCAUUGAAAGAUUUCAGGGAUUGGCCUUCCAUGAACCAAGAAGAUAUGAAGAAAUUGAAGAAAGCCAAGAUAAUUCCAUACAAGAACUUUGAUAAAACAAUGAUAAACGGUAUGAACUUUAUUGAUCCAGGUCUGGUAGUUGGUAUUGAGGCCGACCCUGAUAGACCUGACUGGGCUGACUGGUACUCCAGGAGAGUGCAAUUUUGUCAAUGGACAAUUCAAAGUAAGCCUGGACAUCCUGUUCUAAGAGAGCUAAUUCUGAAUAUAACGGCUACCACCAUAUAUUCUUCAGCUAAAACUCCUGCCCAUUUGAAGUCAUUGAUUGAUAAUUCUGCCGAUGAAAAAGAUUUCAAUAUCAAUUAUAGACAUCGUAGGAGGUUUGAUAAAGAAUAUGAUCACAGUCAAAAGAAACAAAGGAAAAAUGUUGAUGGUACUGAUAUUAUGAACUGGACUGGUCCAGGUAUCUUCUCUGACAGCAUUCUAAAUUACUUGACUAAUAUCAUUAGAAAGAACCGCAAUAUAUUGUUAUUGAAUAGUAACUUAGAUUCAAAACAAAAAGAAAUACCCUCCUCAGCAGCAGGUUCUCAAGAGGAAGAGGAAGAAGAAGACUUAACUUAUUCGACAAAGAAGUUUUAUAAUGAAAUUUCAACUAGUCUAUUAUCAUCUGCAAAGAUGCCAUGGGAGUUUUUCUCACUAAUAACAGAACCUUUAUUAGUAGAUGACAUUAUGGUAUUACCUAUUACUAGUUUUUCUCCUGAUGUGAUGCAAAUGCAGGCCGAAAGUAGUCAGCACGAAUUGGCACUUGUGAAACAUAUGUUUCAUGGUAGUUGGAAAGAAGAGGCUGACGGGCAUUAA